AUCCGACGUUUGACCGUUAACUUGGACGGUCAACGCGCUAUGUCACUACCAACUCAGCAAAUAUAAAUUAAAAAAAAUCAUGAAUUCCACAUAAUAUAUAUUUCUGAAUUAUUAUAUUUAAAUUAAAAAUUAAAAAAAAAAUAAUAAUAAAGGACUCACGCUGCCCUUUCUCUUUCUUCUACCUUUUCUUUCUCUUCUUUCUCCGCGACGAUCUCUAUCCCCAACAAGGAGGCCGUCGGCGGCGCCUGGCGACGAGGGGAGAUUCAAGAUACUGGAGUGUGGGAUCAACGACGGGAAUGGUGUUGCCGAGUCCAUGUUCCAGCAGCAGGAGUUUUCGCAGCAGCCGAACCAGAGGUGGGUGCAUCUUCCUCUAACAAUUUGCGAGGCUCUGACGUUCGGUGAUGAGUUGGUGGCGGAAGAACAGAAGGAAGAUGAAGAAGAAGACUACAGUAGCCCGGAGAUGCGGCGGAGGAGCUAUAGAAGGUAUCAUGGAUUUGAGAAGAUCGAUUUCGAUUAUUGUUGAGAUUUGAGAAGAUCGAUUUCGCCGCCACUUUCAGAUCCCAGAACAAAUGGACCAUUGGAGCUCAAUUUUCCCCUUGGAAUGGGUUUUCUAGCCGCUAAUCGUCAUCAACUCCAAGCGGUUUUUUUUUAUAUUGAGGCUUAGUGGAAGAGCAUCAUAGAUGAAGGGUUCCAGCGGUGGCGAUGACAAAGUGGGGAAGAAGGCUUCCAGUGGUGGCGACGGCGAAGUGGAAACAAUUGGGGAUUUCUCUGCACGGACGGGGCAUCCGUCGAGUAUAGGGAUGGCAACAAAACCCGAACCCACGGGUACCCACCCGACCCAACCCGGUUAACGCGGGUAAAACUUGUGUUGAUGGGUUUUGGGCCGGGUUCGGGUUUAAACCUGUUACACUAUUCACCGGGUCGGGUUGGGUUUGGGUUUAGGUUUACGUAAACCCGUCCCAUGGGUACCCGCCCACACACAUAUAAUUACUUUCCCGGUAUAUUUAAUACUCUAAAUAAUAUAUCUUCCUUAAACAAUUAAUAUUCUUUAUGUUUGUGGAGACAUAUUUGAUUUGUUGUUUCUAAUUGUUUAGAAUGAAGUUGAUAUUAUGAA